CGCCAUUUUGAUUUAGUCCGGCUGCUGCAUUCAAGGAGGAGAGACGGGUUUUUCCCACUACAUUUUACAACUUUAAUAAUCUUUUAAAAUCUGAAACUGGUAAUUAACACCACAUACUUUGUUUACACAACAUACAUUUUGGCAAACGAUAGUGUUAAAGCAUAAAAAGCGUAUACCAGUCUAAACAUUUAGCUCAUGCUAACGAUAAGGUCGCGAGAGACUGGUCAUCAGGUAGGCCUCUGUUCAGUGUAAAUAACGUGUACGAGCAUGUACACAGUUCUUGUGCUCUAAUUCGGACUGAAACUACAUAACGUUAAAGACGUUUUGCCAGUAAUGUCAUUAAGUUAACAUUAUACAGAAUAGCACGUAAAUCUCACUGCGGAAAAUCGAACGUAGAUUGACCCAGCUAGCUUGUUGUUACUUGUUAUUGUUUCACAGUAAGUAUGUGAUUGUUUUUUACUGUACUGGUUUUAACUAAGAUACGCGUAUCUUUAAACCGCCAAGAAGGCGGUUUGUGUCUUGCGGUAUUUGCUAAGAAACGUCGUCCGAGAGAGCUUCGUCAGACCAUUAUCAAUAUACACACUCUAAUAAUUAACAGCAUUGUCUCUUUGGUCUAGUAACUUAGGUCGUUGUUUUCUUACAGUAUAGGUGUGUGUUUGUUUGUUUGUUUGUGUGUGUGUGUGUGUGUGUGUUGUGCUGUAACUUCAGAGUGCUUUCCAUCUGUUACUUAAAAUGGACGACAGGCUUGUUUUUCACACUGAUCUUCAUGGUAGAUCGAGGGCCUUCAUGUUUAGAGUUAAUAAACAACACGGCUGUUGUGGAACUUGGGAAAUCACAAAAUAUACAGUUUGUUGUUCUAUACCAGAUACUUGAUGUCAGUGAUUACUUAAAUAUAGGUUGAAUGCAUAUAAUAUCCAAACUCUAGUUUGUCCUGGAGUCUGAACAGGAAGCAUACUGGUAUUUGUGUCAUGAUGCUGUACAAAUUGUCUCAUUUGUUGUGCACAAUUGCCUGUUUCUGAAUAACCCAAUUUUCCAGGUCCAUGGGGAGUGUUUUUGAUUGGUUUAUAGGUUUAAAUUCAUCCUGUUGGCCCAUUGUGGGGAAUCCCUGGAUUUGGAUAGAGAAUUCAUUGGCAGAAGAUUUUUUUUCUUCAGCAUUAAUAUUCCACAGCUGAUAAUGUCUAGAAGCGUGAAUAUUUUACCCAGCUUUCUACUGCCAUCAGCAAAUAUCGUCAAGUUUUCAAAAUGCCACCAAGUCCAAGAAGAAGCUGAGGAUUUUUUUUCCACACAACCACAUUCUGCCCAUUUUUGCCACAUCGGUUUAAGGCUUUUUUGGAUCCAUUUUUCCUUUGUGGCUGUUUACUUCCCCCUGUUUAUUUCUUAUAGCUAUAUACAUCCAUUGAUUAAAAAAAAAUCCCCAACGGACUAUUGCACCCACCAUCAGUAAUAUUUAGCAGUCGGGCGGAGAUAAAGAUGUCUGAGAGAAAGGAUGUAUCGUAGGAAGACCAGUAUCUCUGGGCGACCCACCCCCCUUUUCCUCUUAUCUCAUGGAUCAAGUGUUCCUUCAGGACUCCACACCACUACGGGAACACCCUACCAGCAGUGUACUCAAGAGGGACACAAGCGUCUCAGCCACCUCAGGGAGAGUCCAAUUGGUCCUGAAGAGAACCAUCUGCUGAUCCACUCAGUUUAAAGUGGGAAGUCUCAUCACCGCCGCGACUCCAGAGGCCUACCAGUAUCGCCAUGACAAACCAUGGAGAUGACUGCUACUUCUUUUACUAUUCUACCUGCUCUAAAGGUGACAGUUGCCCUUUUAGACACUGUGAGGCAGCGAUGGGCAAUGAGACGGUCUGCAACCUGUGGCAGGAAGGACGAUGCUUUCGGAGUAUCUGCAAAUUUCGCCACAUGGAAAUCACUAAAAACCGAAAGGAGAUACCCUGUUAUUGGGAGAACCAGCCAGCAGGCUGCCAGAAAUCACACUGUGCCUUCUUCCAUGAAAGGGCCCGCUACAUUGAUGGCAUGUUUGUCCCAGCUGAUAAAAGUCUGAUCAAGCGUGAGGAGCAGCCAGCUGAGGAACAAGCUCCUCCACCAACUGCCACUCUCACCACUGCAGCUAAUCCACAGCUCAGAGGGGUCAUUAAGACAGAAAAUCAAGAGCCAGUACCCAGCCCUACCCACCCACCAGUGGUGAUUAAUCCUGCAGAUGAUGAUGAGGAUGAAGAUGACCAGUUCUCAGAGGAGGGAGAUGAUGGCAAGGGCGGACCUUCUCCCAGAAAGCAACCCAAAUCAGGUGACUCACUAAAUUUUGGAGUGAGCACCCUGGAGGAGAUCCGACUCAGGAAAGCCCUGAAGGCCAGCAUGAAGAAAGCCGGUUACCCUAUCCAGAGUUCUGAUUUGAGGGCCAAUGGAGAGAAAGAAAAUCUCCAGUCAUUUUUUCGACCAGCCGUCUAUGAGUCCAGAGAAGCACUUGAAGAAACCCGGAAAUCAAGAGGCAGUGUGGCCGAAAGGCUCGGAAGUGUGAAAGGUGGAGAAGGUGUCUCGCUGAAGAGGAGUUUGGCUGAGCGUUUGGGGAAAGUUGUGGAUGAGGAAGAAAAGGCCCCAAAGAAAGCUCUGAAGGACAGACUUGGAUUGUCUGCUGCUCUUGAUGAACCUGAUGCAGCUGAGAGCAGCACAGAGUCAAAGAAAGAAUCCAAACGGAUCCGCAUCAAAACACUGGAGGAGAUCAAACAGGAGAAGGCAGCAAAGUCUCAGAACCAGACCGAUGAGCCCUCCUGUCCUGAAAGCACAAAAACAGUCACUACUAAAGCCAGUAAGGGCGUUAAACGAGCCAUCACAGUAAAAGACGAUUCAAUUAGCCGAGUCAAAACCUUCUCCGAGAUCUUGCAAGCCAAGAAAAAGAGAGAGCAAGAGCAGCAGGAGAAUAGAUCCAUCCUAAAGAAGGCAAAGCACAGAGAAGACAAUGCUCCAGGCAAGAGCCAGGUCAAGCCAGACACAACUGGACCUGGUGCCGAAUCCACAAACGCAUUAGAAGUUCGAGUCAAGACCCUGGAGGAGAUCCGCCAGGAGAAGGCAGCGAGGAUUCAGGCUCAGAAGGCCAUGGAGACUGAAAACAAGACACAUCCUGAUAGUGAAGAGAAUGGAGUUAAGAAACCUCGUCUACUGCGCAUCAACAAACCAGCUUCCAACAGCAGUGACACAAUAGAGAAGAGUGUUGAGGUUCCAGAAGAAGGUGCUGCUCCUCAGAUCAGCCCUGCCAGACGCAACGUCAAGGUCAAGACCUUUGAGGAGAUCAUGCGUGAAAAGCGUCUUCGCAAACAGGAAAUGGAGGAGCAGGAAAAAGCAUCCACUGAAACAACACUGAAACAGACAGCCGAUGGGGGCCUGAAAAGAAAGGUUGACUGUCUGACAUCACCAGGCUCUUUAUCCCCUUCCUCCACCACCCCAACUCCCGACACAACUCCUUCCAACCAAAAGUUGCCUGUCCGUAAACUGAUCCCCCUCAAAGCCAAGGAUGCCUCGCCUCUGAACAGCACUACGUCUCCUGGUGCAACAGUUGCUGCUGUUGCAGUUGUGACCUCAGUCCCCAUUAAGCGGAGCUCUUCUCCACAGGAGCAGGAGUUCCACUCACAAAGCCCAAGAAGCUCCAGGGAGGUUCCAGACAAAAACACAAGAAACUCUACGGGACUGUCACCUUCCAAACAGGCUGCUACUGCUGAUAAUCUGAGGAAAUCCCCAGAGCACACUAUAGACACCAAAGUGAGGCCCAAACUGAAUGUGAGGCCUUCUGUUGUGAAGCCUGCAGUGCACGUGAAACCAGGCCAGAAGGGGAGGGGAACGGAGAGAUCUGCUGUAGCUGCUGUGAAACCCUUGAACAGCAGCUGCACGAAGAUGGAAGAGCCACUGCAGGAGACAGCGUCCAAUGAAGUACAGGUGUUCCCAUCCUCCAGUGCAGAGGCUCAGCUGAGCUCUACUGUCCCACGCAGUCCCAGUACUCUGCUGGACUCAACCUCCAGCCCACUGAGAGAGGAGCUCCAGACCGUCCCAGUCUUCAGUCAGAGUCCAAGCCAAGAAACCAAGUCGACUGUCAGUGCAUCUUCUUCAGGGGAGGCUUGUGCAGUCCCGCAAAGCUUGGUGCAGAAAACUCCCUCUCAGCCAAAGGUACGGAGGCAGAGCACAAGUGUGUCCCGCACCCUCUCCACUUCUGCGCUCUCCUCCUCCUCAGCCAUGGACGACUUUGAGCAGCUGAUGAACGAGUUCACCGAUGACCACCUGGAGGAAGAUGUGGACCCCAGCAUCGGAGAGGACGACCUGCUCCAGGAACUGUCGGAGAUGAUUGACAGCUGAGAGCCCUGUUGUGCACAAUCAACACUCUGCCCCAAUUUUUUUUGUCUCUGUAUUUACAAGUGGACACUAACAUCCGUGAUCUCUCGACUAUUUUGAAAGCAUUUUUGAUGAGAAGUUACACUCAUUUUAAGAUUUUUGUUUCAUUUUAGUUCUUCUCUCAUAUACAAUCUUUGUUUUUAUUUCCUGACCAUGUGCACAUGGUAUGACCAGCAUUUAAUCUGCAGGGCUUUGUCAUGUGUGUUGAUGUUCACUGUCCAAAGUCUCCGUACGGAUUACAAAAGCCUGAGAAAGAGGGCUUCUGCGGUAUUGCUAACAUGACAGGACUCGGUCCAAUUUCAAAUAGCACCAAAUUGUACACCAUAUAGCUGCGGCCUGGUGUUCCUUAAGACUAGUCCUCGGAACUGAGAAAAGAUGCAUAAAACAGUCAAAGCUGAGCAGAAUUCAACUAUGAUGUUGGGAAUCAUGCAGACUAUAUUGUAGAGACACGCCUGACAUCUCAGCUUCAGCUGCUGAUAUGACUCGGCACUUUUGAGAUGCCAAAAACAGAAUGAUGGGGAAAAAAACUGCAAUAGAUUAUUACAAUUAUCUGUAAAUAUCAGGAGAUGGGUGCAAAGGAACAGCUUCUAACUGGCUGAUUGACUUUGCUUGUGGACUGUCCUUUCCCUUCAUGGUAUGUCUUUCUUUGUCUUUAUGGGCUGGGGAGUUUGACUGUUGUAGCUGAGACAAAAUGGUGCAACAAGACUGUCACACGAACUGCAACAGCCCUCGUCAAGAAUUAUUGGUUGAUGUUAGAUGUUGGAAUGAUGGAUUCCUAUUUCGGAGAGAGAGAGAAGUGAUAUUUGUAUACUGAGUAUGCAGAGGGAAUAUAGGAAUAAUCAGUACUGCUGCAUGUAACAGUAGACCCCCCACCCCCCAACUAACUUCUGUUUGUGCUGUUAAUGGGUGGAUGGGACUGUUGUUGCUCAGCCAGUUCCAAGUUGAGGACGUGUGUAAAUGUUUGUGUUGGACUUAAAUUAUGAGGCCGUCAAAGCGGCAAAGGUCAGAAUCAGUCAUGAGCAUGUAACAACCUGUGACUGUCCCUCGUCGAGUCAUGUUCUGCGUAUGUUUUGUUCACCGGUUGUUUUAGUCAGGGACACACUUUGAAACGUUUGUAAUAAAUGUAACACCUCAGGGACUGUUUCUGAUUUCGUAAGCUCUUUAUGUGUUUCACAAACACUGUCGUUCUUGUCGGUAAUGCUGUCUUAAGUUGUUUUUCGUUUUGUUUUUUUUAUCAAUGAGUUCUUAGUCUUGAGUUUUUUUUAUGUUUGCUCUGACCCUUUUCCUCAAGCUUACUAUUCAAAGUGACUUGUAAAUAAUGCUGUGUAAAUAAAAAUGCUUUUAGUGAA